UCUGAAGGUUCUGACAGAGCCGGCUUUGUCCUGAGAGGCGUCGGUCGGGUCGGACUGACUCGCCCAGGAUUUGCAUGCUGCAGGAAACAGAAACAAACUCAUUUUCAUUUACAGCUGCAUGCUGGCGCACUUCUCUUAUAGGAACCAGAACCAUCAGAGUUCUGCUGGGCAGAACCCGACCCAAACGCUACGAUUCACAGCCUCUCUCCAGAACCUCGGGAUUAUUUCCAACAUGGUCGACAUCUUUAAGUAAUCUGCGUCAGAACACAGACUGAACUUCCUGGUUCUGGUCGAGAAGCUCAGUGCUCAACUUCCUGGUUCCUGUUGGGUUCAUUCCAGGGUUUGACCCAGGAAUCCUCCAUGGCGGCAGUGGGACCAGAUGCAACCGGGUCAUGGUUCCUGACACCAGGACUCUUCCUCCUCCUCAUCCUUCUCAUCCUCCUCUCCAUCUUCCUCACUGCUCUCUGCAGCGAUUGCAACAGUGGAUCAGAAGCUUUUCCUGAAAUCUGGCACCAGAACCACAAUAUGUCCAUCCAUGGGGUCAGGUCUGGAGCAGAGGUGAUCAUCUGUUUGGGUUUCAGAAACUCGUUUGAGCUCCAGGACUCAGAGACAGAGAAACGGCCGUCAGCUCUCAUCCGAGUGGUGAAGCUGGAGGAGGUGAAGGAGAACCCGAUGAUUGGAGAGAUCCAGAAGGACGAGAGAGAGUUUCGUCCUGGAGGAGGUCCAGCUGAGCCGGUCAGUUCCUCUGAGGGCCAACAGGGGGAGCUGCAGAGCCGCCCAGACUUGUAUGGCUCCGCCCCUCGAACCUGCGACCACGUCAGAGAUGGGCGGGGCGACGGAGGCGAGGCGCUGGGACCGUCAGCCAGUCGGCUGUCAACGCAGCUUCAUUACGUCACUCAGUCCGACGAGAGGAACGCUAUGGCAAGCCGUUUUAACAUAAAUUCGGUUCCGUCUGACUAUCCGUAAUUACGUUCCAGAUAUCUGAAAAUGUAUUUUGACUAGACAAAACUACAUUUUGACUAUCCGGAAUGGUAAUUUAAGAUAUCUGCAUUUACAUUCUGACUAGUAAGAAUAAUAAUUAAAGAUAUCUUCAAUUACAUUUUGACUAGUCAAAAUUCCUUUCAAGAUAUCUCAAAUGACGUCACCGGAUUCGUCAUUGGAAGGGUCAUACAUCCGGAUUUAUAAUUUAAGAUAUCUCGGACGUAAUCAUGACUAGUCAGAAUUACAAUUUUAGAUAUCUUAGGUAAGAGAUUGCGUGUAAGCCCCUCUUUAGCUGGACUGAGCUGUCCAAAUAAUUUGCCUGAAGUUCCAAUGGCGCUGGCAGUUUUAGA